UACAUGCAGCUUGUCAUGUAGCUACAUUUUUGUCUUUCUGACUCCUUCAGUCGUUUCACCAUCGGCUUGUUUAAUAUCGCUCCUUUGUUCAAGUGCAGCUGUGUUUGUUGCAGUCUGUGGAAAGAUGCUUCUGCGGACACUGUGGUCCAGACUGGGAGCUCAGCUGCCACUGGAGAGGAAACCAGUCUGCAUCAUUGCCUCUUCCUGUCUCUCCCAGUCUACACAACCACACCAGUAUGAAUACAAGCCCAGGACUCACUCAAACUGGUCUGGUUCUGCAGAAACCUCUCCAAGGACCUGUUAUUUAAAUACUUUUCAUCAUCAACAGCAGAAGAAGACUAUAAGGCAUGCUCUGCCUGCGUUCGGUGGAUUUAAGACUCUUAGCAGCACCUUGUUUAUUGACUCUGGGAUGCUGACAAAAAGUGGACAGAAGCGUCUGUAUACGUCAGACCUCAUAAAGCCUGUAUUAAAAACUUUAAAACCAGUCUCAGUGCCUGCUGGGAAAAGGGUUCCCAAAGGACCAAGAACAAAACAACCUUCCAGAGCCAAUCAGCCUGCCGUGGAUGAGGACAAGGUUAUGAUGCAAUGUAUUGCCUAUGCAACAGCAGAUCAGUACCACUUGCCAACACUUUGCCAUGACCUGAUUAGCCACGGCUUCCAUGAGAUAGCUUUGCCAAGAGAUGCUUCAAACAUCCUUGUGAUAAGCACAGACAUGGCUGCAAAACCAGAAGACAAUGCUCAUAUGUUCUUCUUCAGGGAAGGAUCUGUAGUUUUCUGGAAUGUUGAGGAGAAAACGAUGAAAAAGGUGCUGAGAGUAUUGGAACAGCAUGAGAUCCAACCUUAUGAAGUAGCGUUAGUGCACUGGGAAAAUGAAGAAAUCAACUAUGCUGUUUCAGAGGGAAAUACAAAGCUUGAACGUGGCAACUUUAUUUUGAGUGACAACAUUGAUGAACAUGAAGCUGUUUUGGAGAAAUUUGCAUUUUCAAACGCAUUAUGUUUGUCAGUGAAGCUGGCAAUAUGGGAGGUCUCAUUAGACAACUUUGUAGAGUCAAUUCAAUCAAUUCCAGAGACACUGAAGUCUGGCAGAAGAGUUAAGUUGUCCUCUGCAGAAGUUAUGCGGAAGAUAGGAGAGCUUUUCACGUUACGACACUGUAUCAAUCUGAGGUCAGACCUUCUCAUGACACCUGAUUUUUACUGGGACAGAGAAAAUCUGGAAAAACUCUACGACAAGACCUGCCAGUUUCUCAGCAUCAACCGCAGGGUCAACGUCAUGAAUGAGAAGCUGGAACAUUGCACGCAGUUGACAGACCUGAUGAGGAGCCACCUGAGUGAGAAGCACAGCUUGAGGCUGGAAUGGAUGAUAGUCAUCCUCAUUACUAUUGAAGUUUUGUUUGAACUUGGAAGAAUGAUCUUCUAAACUGCACACAACGAUGCACAAAUCCAAAAAUAACAGUAGAAACUACACAAGAAGAAUGCUGCACCAUACAAAGGUACUCUGUCAGUAAUACAAUGAACUAUAAUCAUCACAUGGACCCAAACAAUUUUGAAUGUCUUACUGUUCAUGUUGUACAGUAUACUUCCUACCUUUCAACAACAUAAAGUACAUUUUUUUGUCACAAUUUCUUUACUUUUAUGCUAAAGAUGAUAGUUUGAAGGGGUGUCAGGUUUUUAUAUACAUUUGCUACUUGAAGAAAGUGUAUCUGGGACUUUUUAAACUGUUGGCAUCAGCUGACAGUGUUUUUUUUUGUCUUGUUUGCUGAAGUUAUGUGCUCAAGAACUAUAAUUUAAUUUUUACAUCAUGUGGAAAGUCUACGAAUCUUGUUAAGUAUGUAAGAUGCUGUUUUUAAAGAUAUAUUUGGAGCCUGAGGGACUCAACAUGUGGUAUCAUUCUUGUGAUUCAACACAAGCAGUAGAAAAAGAAAACCAUGAGAGGCACAAAUUUAUCCAAACUCAUCAAGUCCAAGAACUCCAAACUGAGUGCUGUGUUGUCGAUGAUCCAAUAAAGCAUUUGUGUUUGAAUUGUUUGCCUGUUAUGUGUUUGCAUGGAAAAUAUGA